UUCAAUUAAGAAAAUAAAAAUAUCCAAUAAUAAAUAAUACAUUAGCAUUAAGAAUCACUAAAAAUUAUGGGAAGUUGCUGUCAAAAAAAUAGCGCAGUUACAAAACUAGAUAAUGGAGAAGAAGUUGAUUUAGACCAUUAUUAAAAAGAGGAAAAUUUGGCCAAGAUUUAAAUGAUCUAAAAUAAAUUUAAAGAAAGUUAAAAAAAGGAAUCUACAACUACCACAACUACAACCACAAAUAAAAAGGGUGAAAAAUAGGAAUCUACCACAACCAAAACUACAACCACAAAGAAAUAGGAAAUUGUCGAAUAAGAUCAUAAAAAGGGAGUAGAAAAACUUGAUAAUGGAGAAGAAGUUGACUUGGAUUUUUAUAAUAAAGAGGAGAAUUUGAAAAAGAUUUCUAAAAUCUAAAAUAAGGUUAAAGAAAAUUAAAAGAAGGAAUCUACCUCAACCUCAAAGAAAUCUGAAAGUAAGAUGUGA